AUGUUUCUUCAAGAGGGAAAACCAGGGCAGGCCUGCUGGCCCAGUCUUCAAGAAUGGAACGCCUUCAACAAGACCGUUUCUGGACGUCUGAAGAUCCCAGUCAUGCUCUCGAGCCCCUGUUUCCCCAGUUCACCAAACUUUGAUGCCAACAUCUGUGCCAGCGUCCUGGACAACUACGAAAACGGCACCUUUCGAGAGUCGACAUACGGCGCUCAGCAGAUCACCCAAUGGGAGGCUUGCGGCAGUGCAAACUGCUAUCCCGGCAUCGUGCCACCUCAAGGACCGACAUGCUCUCUUGGAAGGAUAUCGCCUCUCUACGUUGACGCCGAGACGCCUGCCGACAUUACAGCCACCCUCGGCUUUACCAAACGGCACGGUAUUCGCAUUGUGGUCAAGAACACCGGACAUGACUAUCUCGGCCGAAGCGCUGCCGCGAAUACUCUAGGCCUACGAACCCACAACAUGAAGAACAUGACCUUUGCAUCCUCUUUCAAAGCCCACAACUGCACAGUCUCUAACAGACAAAACAUCGGCAUCAUCGGUGCAGGCGUCAACGCAGAGGAGGCUCUUGCCUUCUUCGAAAAGCACGGCGUGAUGGUCACGGUUGGAGGCUGUCCUACCGUUGGCAUCGCCGGCGGCUUCGGCCAGGGCGGUGGCCACGGUCCGCUUGGUCCAACCCACGGCCUGAUGGUGGACCAAGCCGUUGAGUUUGACGUUGUCACGACCGACGGCGUCUUCAGAACCAUCAAUGCUUGCAACGAGCCUGACCUCUUCUGGGCGAUGCGUGGCGGCGGAGGCCAGUCGUACGCUAUUCUCGUCAACUACAAGUUCCAGCUCUAUCCGCAGACGCAGUGGGCGACAUGGAGACUCGAGGCCACUCUGACGCCCGGCAGCUCCAACACCACACAUGACACUGUCCUCGGGGAUAUUCUCAAGUCGUUGUCCAAGGAGCAGCCGAAAUGGUCGCAGAACCGUGUUGCCGGCUACGACAUGAUCUCGCCCACCGCCAUCACUUUUCUCGAGGUGCUUCCCGCCGGCGGCAAUCCUCUGCCAACACUCAAGAAUCUCACCGCCAACUUCAACUCUUUCCUGACCAAGCAUCCAAGCAUCAACAUCUCCGUGAACUCGUACCAAGUCUACCAGACGCAGCAAGCGUUUUACACCGGUCAGGCAGAUUACAUCGCCCGCGGCGGCACGGUUGGCGCUUCCAUCCUGGUCCCAAGCCGACUCAUCACCACCGACAACUUUGAAAGCUCUUCCAAGAUUGACGCGCUGGGACUUGGCGAGGCCCUCGCGCCUCAGGUAGCGUUCCUCCUUCUGAAAACAGGAGCACCCAACACGCCCGACACAGAGCGAGCGACCAGCGUCAAUCCUGCCUGGAGAAAGACCCUGUGGCAUCUGUUAGCGCCUGCUGCCUGGCUUCCUGGUACUCCAGACAAUAUCAGCAGCCGUAUCGCAUCGGCUUCUCGAGCUGCCAUGGAUGCGAUCAAGGCGCCCCUGAGCGUGCAGGCUGCCUAUCUGAACGAGGCUGAUCCGGAUGAGCCUGAUUGGCAGAAGGUGUUUUUUGGCGACAACUACGACAGGUUACUCGCUAUCAAGAGGAAGUGGGAUCCGGAUACCGCGCUCAAUUCGCGAACCCCGUCCCUUCGGUCCCGUAUCCGUUUAACUGAGCGGACGCUGCCAUUGGCGAUGAUAAGUUCGCGGCCCUGGUAG